GAAAAAUCUUUCGUAAACCUUUUAAAUAUUGUCUAUGAGCUGUUAAUCUUUAUUUACUUUGGAUGGAGGAUUCUUUCAAAAUAAUUAAAUAAGUGGCUGUCAGUGUUAAAAUAAUUGAUCUUAGUUUGUGCAUAUAUAUGUACAUUGUUAUUUGAGAAAUAUACCGUUUUGAUUGUAUUUAUUAGCUGAAAAUCAAAAUGUCUCGUAAACAUCCUAACCUUCAAUGAACGAUAACCUUUGAAAUGAAGUUUGGCGUAGUUCAUUCAUUUCAGUAUUUAAGGCUCGAAAACUUUAUACUUACUUGAUUGCAUUAAUUAUCAAUAUGCCUUCAAGUAGUUCUCUGAAAAUAGCUGUUAUAUGCUCCAGUAACAUGAAUCGAAGUAUGGAAGCUCAUGCAUUUUUGAGCAAGAAAGGCUUCUACGUAAAGUCCUUCGGCACGGGUGACAAGGUGAAACUCCCUGGCACUGCUCCGGACAAGCCCAACUGCUACGAGUUUGGUAUUUCAUACGAAGAGAUCUACCAGGAUCUGCUGUCCAAAGACAAGUCCUUCUACACCCAGAAUGGAUUGCUACACAUGUUGGAUCGCAACAGAAGAAUCAAGCCGCGUCCCGAAAGAUUCCAGACGUGCAAGGACCGCUUCGACAUCCUCGUCACUUGCGAGGAGCGGGUUUACGACCAGGUCAUCGAAGCGCUGGAGAACCGAACUGCGACGGACAACGCUUCAGUCCACGUCAUCAACGUAGACAUCCAGGACAACCACGAGGAGGCCACCAUCGGGGCUUUCCUGGUCUGCGAGCUCGUCACCAUGAUGUCGGAGAGCGAAGACUUGGACAAUGACAUUGACGAGCUGCUGCACGAAUUUGAGUCAAAAUGCCACCGUCCCAUAUUGCACUGCGUCCUCUUCUAUUGAUGUCUGGUCCAACUGGAGGCUGUCUGCUGGGGCACGUGGACCUUUUGUAGAUCACAGCACGUCUGCAGUCCAUGUGGAGGUGUUCGUCAGAAACGAUAAUGUCUGCUUCUUUCGGUACGUUUGCACAUCAGCACUCUCGAAAGACACCGAAACGCAGGUAUUGUUUGGUUACGUAACUAAGUCUGUACUGUUCUGCUCUGUGACUUGCUGGUGGAUUUGUGUUUUGGCUGGUUCAAGCACCAUUUCAACCAGUUAAUGUGACUUGAAUUGAUUAUGUUUGUGAAUCCACCUGAUUGCAUACAGUAAAAAAACAGUGCAGUCAGUUUUGGGAAAGUGCUAAGUUAUUUAUUGAUAUUUUAUAGGCUGAUUUAAUUAGAUACUUUUUUUGUAUGUGUAUGUGUACAUAGAACAUAAAGAUGCAUGACAAAUGGUUUUACUAUGUUAAAGGUAAUUUUAAUGGUAUAUUUACACUAUAUAUCUUAUGGACUAUAAAUUAAAUACCUAGUAGAUAAUUUGUAUAUGCAUAGUAAAAAUUUGUACUUUACUCUCUUUUUCUUCUUUUUUUUGUAUUAAUAAUUUAUAACAGUGUUACUUAUAAAAUGACCAAAACAAACAGUUUACAAAUUUGAAUGGCUCAUAUGCUGCAGCUCUGUUGUUAAAUUAAUGGUACAGUAAAACCAUGCUAAGAAGGUUCCCAAGGUACUUGGAAAUUAGACUUAUUAACCACAAAAAGUUAUUAUAUGGGUAAAAUUUUAUGUAUUUAUAGACCAAGUUAUAAAUGUUUUUAAACCUACCAUGCAGGAGAAUGUUUUACCUAAGUGGGCUUUUUCUUAAGAUUUAUACUGUAUCUAAAAUAAGAGCCACCAUUAUUAAUACUAAUAAUAAAAUAAUAUUAGACUAUUAAACACCAUAAUAUUAAAUUAUAUACACUAGUCCAGUAUACUUAUUUACUGUUUAUGAAUACUAAGUUUUAUUAAUAGGCAGAAAACUCUUAUGAGUUGGAAAUUAUAAAGUGACUCAUUUUAAAAAAACAGUGAAUGCAUCUAAGCUAAUACCUAUUAGUAUUACUAGGGGUUGGAAAAAUUAACUUCUUCCUAUAGAUGCUAUAAUUAAUGAUUCUGUUCAUCUGAAUUAGUUUCAAGUGUCAUUCAUUUUUUCAUUUUUAAAAUAUAUCCUUUUAAAACUCCCUCAUAAUUGCUAUAUAUUUUUUGACAGUUUUCAAAAUUGUUGUAACAAAUGUAUUUUUUUACAAUUAGAAAGUCUUGCGGACUUCCAGUCACCUGAUUCAACUUAUAUUUGUACUUUUCAGUUGGUCUAAGACACACAUGCACAUGUACAAUUAAAUUAUUUUAAUUUAUGUCUGUCACUUAAGACUUAUCACCACUUCAGUUAAUACACAAACGUAACAGGUCCACCAUCUUUGCCAAGACGAAAGGUGUAUUUUGCUUUAGCAACAUAACAGGUACUUGACCCUGUGGUGAGCUUCUGGUUAUAAUUGUUCUCUACACUAGUGUUUGUGGUCGUGCGCUCUGAUAUUGCCAUCUCUCUGUCAGACAGCCAAGUUACGUGAAUCCAAGAUAAAUUCUAAGUAUCAGUCCAACCCAAUUAAUAUAGUUGAUUUGUUAAUUACUAUAAAUUAAACCUGUAACUUACUGUUUGCUAGCAAAUUGCUCUACCAACUUUUUAAAAAAUUAGGAUUUAAAUUUUUUUAUUUGUGAUUUUUCAUCUUAAAUAAGAUGCAUUAAAAAUGCUACAUUUGCAAUAAUAGUUGCUAAUACAUUAAAUAAUAGAUGCUAAUUUUUCCAGCUCCUACCUAUUACUGUUUAUACUUGUUACCUUUACUCUGCUGCAAACUUCAAGGGCCAACCUGGGCCAGAAAACUGGUGUGAUAUGUUGUCGGCCAGUGUCCAUGCAAGUCAGGAGAUACAUGCCUCGUUUAUACUAAAAUUUCAAUCCGGAUUGAACCUGGAGUGGAGUGAACUCAGAGUGAAUGUGUAACGAACAUAUAUGACGAAAUGUGUUUAUGGUAAAUAUCACAAUCCAGAUUGAAAUGUAAACAAGAUCGAAGUUGGUGUCAACAUGGACUGAAAAUUUUGUGGUGCGAUCAUUACGUCCAACAAUAACUCUACUUCCAUCUCUGUCCACACAUUCCUCUGCUCUUUUUUUGCCAUUUUCACAAAUUAUGCCUGAAAUGCAACGAGACCAAUAACAAACAAUGCAAUAUGAUGGCGGCUUUCUCGUGCGUGUUUUCUUUUCAAAACAGUCCGUGUUUAAAGUAAAAUCUCAAUCCGGAUUCUUCAGUCCAGUCCACCUCAACAAGUGGAGUGGAUUAUCUCACUUCACUCUAACUUCAGUCCACAACAAAGUGUUUUAAGUAAAAUUUCAAUCUAGAUUCCUCACUCCACGUUCAAUCCGGAUUGAAAUUUUAGUAUAAACGCGGUAACAGUGUGUGUGUGUGUGUGUGUGAUGCUGAUGUGAUGAGUGGGGAGAAAAAAUAAAUGCAAUAACAAGUAAAUAAAUGUUUCACUCUGCAGGAUGAAAAAUAGUAGCAAGAUUCAACUUCAGCAACAAAAAUUUAAUUUGGCAAAUCACAUCUAUUGUUUCAAUUAUCCCAACACUUCAAAAUUACAAUGUGUUUAAACUAGUGUAUUGACUGUUAACUUUAACAUUAAUGUAAAUUAAAUUAACAGCAUUUUUGUUAUCAACAUUCCUCGGAAAAUGGUAAUGUAAUUAUUUAAUACGUUAUUUAAAAAAAAUGUUUUGAUCUGUAACAUGACUCAUGAUGUAGCAAUAUCUCUGUGUGCCAAGUUUUCUUUGUAUCAUUUCUAUUAUUAAUCUUGUAGCCGGGUAAGACUAUACCAAUAAAACAAUGUUUAUAAAUUUGAACCUGAAUUAGUAGAAUUUACAAUUAUUGUAACACAAAUUAUAUAGUUUUUUUGGAUUAUUUCAUAAUAUCUUCAUAUUUUCUUGUUUUAAAAAUAACAUUAACCAGUAAGAAAGAACUGAUAACCAUGCCAACUUUUUGUUAUUAAAAAUUGUUUUUAAGGAAACUACAAUAGUUUAUAAAUAAAACAUGCAAAUCACACUACAUAACCAACUAUAAGAAUUGAAACUGUAACACUAUAGAAAAAACUAUAGAAAAAACUUUAUCAUUGUGCUUCUUUUCAUAAAUAAAAUUUUGAAAUGUAAACACAUGAAAUCCCUAAUAUGAUGUAAAAGUGUAAUUAUAUUAUUUUUUCAUUUAAAAUUGAAACAUAUCCAUCAACAGUCUUUAGACUUUUAUGGUGGGUACGACCAACACAGACAAAUACAAGGUUGUCACUGCAACUAUAUGGACCCCCAGCCCCAUCGGUACCAUAGCAGGCAAAACAUUCGCAAAUAACCAACACAUUAUGACGAGAGUACCACGUAUUAGCACAGUGACAACAACAAAGAUAGACAAAAACAGAUACAAUUGACGUCGCAACAAGUGCUCCUCCCUGUCGCUUAGGCCAUUGUUGCACAUUGCCACCUCUUUGCCCCAAUGUGCACAUGUGUGGAAAAGUGUUGAAGGGGGGAAAUGAAUGAAAGAAAAUUGGUAUGGGAACGCGGGCAAAAGACGCACGGGGAAGAGGGGACUGAUGGGGGGAGAGAGAGGAUCUUUUGGGCAGCAGUAUCGCGGGAGUGGUGAAAGCGAUCACGUCGCGAGAAGUCUCGCAGCUGCCGCGGGAGCAGCAUAGUGAGUGUUGCUGUGGGCAGCGGAGUCGUCAGACGCACUGGAGGCGCGUGCUCGCGGACGGCCGACGCGGGACGCAACCACGGUGAGGAAACUUCUCAGGUUCGUCAUCUCGUUCCACGACGAGAACCUGCGGUACUCUCCGGGACAGUUCCUGAGCGGGAGAGUGACACACCUGCGCUAGGCUAGAUCCCCCAGGCCACGAGACUCGAACCCCUCUACCGCCCAUCUGAGCAGCCAGGACUUCAACCAUGCCAAACAGGAUCAGCCCCAGCGACAUCACAAUAAAUAAGGUCAAACACAAUUAAAAAACAAUUAAUACAAACAGUACAAAAUACAACAUAAUACAUAAUAAAACAAUGGUAGGCAAAAAAAGAAUCUAGUUACACAGUAUUUUAAUAAAUAUAAUGUAAUAACAGAAAUUAUGUAAAAAUAAUUUUUUUUUAAAUUAAAAUUUAACUAUCUAACAAACACCCCUCUUCCCGGCCAUGAUGGUAUAAAAGGCUGUGGCCAGAAGCCACCAGAAGUUGUCUAGGGCCACAAGCCCUACUAAACCUCCCGUGCUUGCACUGUGUUCCGCCAGCAGCCACCUCCAGUCAACCAGACGCCGGCACGGUCGAGAGCCAGGGUACUUGUACGCCAGCCAGGGGGCGGAUGUGGUUCAUCAUGUUGCAAUAAAUCUACCGUCAGAAACUUCACGACUGUCCCUGUUCACUAGGGAAUCUUUUCUCUCUCUGGUUCCCAGGCCUUCGCCGGUGCCCCGCCAACCCCGAGGGAAGGGACAGGGAACACGGCUUGCUUGCACCUUGCCUUGCCCCUUGCUGACACAGCUGUGAGGUGGUUUCUCAGUGGCUGGAGUACUCUGAGGUAUUGGUCCACCAGGAAAACAGUCACACCUUAAGACGGGUCAGGCCAGGCGACGACAGCCUCCAGCAACCCUUCUAAAUUCUUCCUCCUUUGCUCCUGCUCCGCUGGGCCUUAACCUAUCGAAAUAGGGCGUAGAGAAGUGGCAGAAAGUCCUAUUUGCUAAGGAAGAAAACCCUGCCACGUAGCUUGCAGCACGUCACUGCCACACAGUACCCGGUGGUACAGCCUGUCGCUCAACCGAGUGCACCAGCCGCGUCCACACCAGGGCUGUUGUGCGGCCCAACCCUACCAGAGAAGCCACUCUGGCAGCAGCCAGCACCUUCCACCACCCAGCUGCCCUGUGGAAGGCCGCCUACCUGACACUUUCACCAUCAGGGUGUUAAGCCAAGGAGGGUGACAAUUUUCCACUGUGCAAUAAUUUUGUAAGUAUAAAUGUGAUUAAUGUUAUAAAUCAACAAUUGUUACCUUCUGCACACAUGACAUCUGAAUCUUUAAAUGGUUUUUGGACCAAUUAACUUCAAAACUAGAUGGCAAGCACAAACCAAAUGUACCUGCAACCAGAAUGAAUACAGUUUUAACCACUUAACUGUUAACCAACCUUAGACUCCAACGGAAAUACAGGCAGUUAAAUAAGAACACAGUUUACAGCCGACCCUUUCAUAAAAAGCCACAUGGCCAACGGAUAAACUGUCCUGGCCACAGGCCUUUCACAGCAAAAGCGACAAGUUGUGUUAACAGCACUUUAAAGAGAGUAAAAUGAGGCUACUGAAACCCAUCCAAGCAUCUAUCCCAGAACAAAAGACUAUCUCAUUAACAACAGAAUAAACAAAAGUGAAUUUAAAGUCAAACUGAUUUUUAAUUAGAGCUGUUCCGAAAGAAAAUUUAAACAAAAUCGUUUGAUUAUUAUAAUUAAACUUCAACUUGCGCAAACUAACAAAAUGGCCUCAGCCAAACCAAAUUCUAGGUGUUAACUCUUCGGAACUUGCAUAACGACCGAGGACAAGUCUACAGUCGCAUACAAGCUUAAAACAUUACGAGCUCCAAAUGCAUGUGCAGAGGAGAAGCAACCAGAGGAAGGGAGAAGAGAGGAACAAACAUAUUGGAGGGGAAACAGUCACGUGAACUACGGUGCACCGCCGAGGCUUGGUGAACUCUUCAAAUUACUGUUUAUACAGUCGGCUAGUUGGUUCACACCCUACUUUUACUUCCUCGUACCCGAAAGCAAGAUCCCUAAGUUUUUACCUAGUUCUUGAAUGAAUAUAAGUGAAUAAUAUUAGCAAUUAAACCUGUUAUUAAAUUUUUAAAACAUUGAAUAACAUUUCACUAAGCAUUGGCUAUGCAACUGUGUUUCUCAUGUAGUGUGAAAUGCAAGAGAAGUGCCUCAUGGCAAUCUCUACGCUUGCUUCACUUUAAUAACUACUAUUGAAUGAUGUUUGGUAAAGGCAAGUACCAAUAUAAAAAAUAAAGGGAAAAAAAUACAGAAUUGCUGAUAGUGAGAGUUUAUUGAAGAAUAUUUUUUGGUAGAUUAUUCAGACAUAUCUGCCACAUACUAGACGUCAUGGUUAUUUACGUUAUCACUUUUCUACAGCAGUGAACAUCUACGCAACUGCGGUUGUAGUAGUUAACAACUGGCAAAACUAAAUUUGCGGCAAAUUACAAUAAUUGUGCAGCAACAAAUGAAAUUGUUUUAUUUUCAAUUACCUAUUACUGAAUUUUUAUAUGUAACAUUCCAAAACACUUGAAGCUCUCUAUUCACACAAGAUUUAAUAUCUUUAGUAAAAAAAAUUCAGGACCUUAUAAUGUUUUUGUACAACUUUCUUAAAUCACAAAGUGAUUUUCAUAUGUAAUAAUAAAAAUUAAACAUAAUACAAAGAUAUAAAGUUAGAAAGCUAAAA